AUCACGUGACCAGCAGCAGCAGGCGUGACGUCACGUAGCAGGUCUGAUCAUCAUUGCAGAGGUGACCAUAUCUCUUACUGAAGACGUCAAGGACGACUGACCAGUAGCAUCCUGUGGGACUGAUUCCUGAGCCGUGGGUGAGUUCCUGUGGCCUGCAGCAUCAUGGGGGAGUUGUUCCGCAGUGAGGAGAUGACUCUGGCCCAGCUCUUCCUCCAGUCUGAAGCGGCCUACUGCUGCGUCAGUGAACUGGGAGAGCUGGGAAUGGUCCAGUUCAGAGAUCUCAACCCUGACGUGAACGUGUUUCAGAGGAAGUUUGUGAAUGAAGUGAGACGUUGUGAGGAGAUGGACAGGAAGCUCAGGUUUGUAGAGAAAGAAAUUAAGAAAGCCAACAUUCCAGCAAUGGACACUGGUGAGAAUCCCGAAGUCCCAUUCCCACGAGACAUGAUUGACCUUGAGGCAACCUUUGAGAAGCUGGAGAUUGAGCUCAAAGAGAUCAACACUAAUCAAGAGGCCCUGAAGAAGAACUUUCUAGAGCUGACAGAACUCAAGCAUAUCCUCAGACGUACUCAGCAGUUCUUUGAUGAGAUGGAGGAUCCGAACCUUUUGGAAGAAUCAUCAUCUCUGCUAGACCCCAGUGAGGCUGGUCGAGGUGCCCCACUGCGACUAGGGUUUGUGGCUGGGGUUAUAAACCGGGAGAGAAUCCCCACGUUUGAGAGGAUGCUGUGGAGAGUCUGCCGUGGAAAUGUCUUUUUACGUCAGACAGAGAUUGAGGACCCUCUUGAGGACCCCACAACCGGAGACCAGGUGCACAAAUCUGUGUUUAUCAUCUUCUUCCAAGGAGACCAGCUGAAGAACAGAGUGAAGAAGAUCUGUGAAGGGUUCCGUGCAUCUCUGUACCCGUGUCCUGAGACCCCUCAGGAGAGGAAGGAAAUGGCAGCGGGUGUCAACACCCGCAUUGAUGACCUCCAGAUGGUUCUAAAUCAAACCGAGGACCACCGGCAGAGGGUUUUGCAGGCCGCUGCGAAAACCAUACGUGUGUGGUUCAUCAAAGUGAGGAAGAUGAAGGCCAUUUAUCACACUCUGAACCUCUGUAACAUCGAUGUUACACAGAAGUGUUUGAUCGCUGAGGUCUGGUGUCCCGUUUCUGACCUCGACUCCAUUCAAUUUGCUCUGCGGAGGGGAACAGAACGGAGUGGCUCCACAGUUCCCUCCAUCUUGAACCGAAUGCAGACCAAACAGACUCCUCCUACUUUCAACAAGACCAACAAGUUCACCUCGGGAUUCCAGAACAUCGUGGAUGCUUACGGCAUCGGAACCUACAGAGAGAUCAACCCAGCACCAUACACAAUCAUUACGUUCCCAUUCCUGUUUGCCGUCAUGUUUGGGGACAUGGGUCAUGGCGUGCUGAUGACAUGUGCGGCACUUUAUCUGGUCAUCAGAGAGACCCGUCUGCUCGCCCAGAAGAGUGACAAUGAGAUGUUUAACAUGAUUUUUGCUGGACGUUAUAUCAUUCUUUUGAUGGGGAUAUUCUCAGUCUACACUGGAUUGAUCUACAAUGACUGCUUCUCCAAGUCCCUCAACAUGUUCGGCUCAAGCUGGAGCGUGCGGCCCAUGUUUUUCCCCAAGGGAAACUGGACGUUUGAGACUCUGGAUGGUAACUCCGUUCUUCAAUUAGACCCUGCUGUUCCUGGCGUGUUUGGUGGCCCUUAUCCUCUGGGCAUUGACCCCAUCUGGAAUGUUGCCACAAAUAAGCUGACGUUCCUGAACUCGUUUAAGAUGAAGAUGUCUGUAAUCCUGGGUGUCAUUCACAUGGUGUUUGGAGUCUCUCUGUCCCUCUUCAAUCACCUGUACUUCAAGAAGCCUUUGAACAUUUUCUUUGGUUUCAUUCCUGAGAUUGUGUUCAUGUGCAGUCUGUUUGGUUAUCUGAUCCUGCUCAUCUUCUACAAGUGGACGGCUUAUGAUGCAGUGACAUCUAAAGAUGCUCCCAGUCUACUGAUUGCUUUCAUCAAUAUGUGUCUUUUCAACUACAAUGAUCCUACCAACAAACCAUUGUACAGAGGACAGGUGGGGAUUCAGUGUCUGUUGGUGGUGAUAGCUCUGGCGUGUGUGCCGUUUAUGCUGGUGGUGAAGACUAUGGUCCUGCGCCGUCAGUACCUGUGGAAGAAGCACCUGUCCCAGAUGAGGGAGGCAAGACCUGCAGAGAAUCUAGAAACUUUAGAGCAGACAGGCACCAGCUCACCCACCGGACUCACCCAACAGGGCACGCAGAAGUUCGGUGGCAUCCGGGUCGGAAACGGGCCUACGGAAGACGAGGCAGAGAUCAUUGACCACGACCAGCUCUCGCAGCACUCAGAGGAAGGAGAUGAGCAUUCAGAGGAAGAACCGUUUAACUUUGGAGAUGUGGCAGUUAAUCAGGCCAUUCACACUAUAGAGUACUGUCUGGGCUGCAUCUCCAACACUGCCUCAUACCUGCGGCUCUGGGCCCUUAGUUUGGCUCAUGCUCAGUUAUCUGAGGUUCUAUGGGGAAUGGUGAUGCAUCUUGGACUGUCCUCGAGGAGUGGCGGUGGAUUCUUUGGCCUAUCGAUCAUUUUCUCUGCCUUUGCCACACUGACAGUGUGCAUCCUACUCAUCAUGGAGGGACUGUCUGCAUUUCUGCAUGCUUUGCGCUUACAUUGGGUGGAGUUCCAGAACAAAUUCUACACAGGACAGGGCUUCAAGUUUGUCCCGUUUUCCUUCGAGAGUAUCCUGGAGGGUCGAUUUGAUGAAUGAGCUACUACAGCUUUAUCAAAUAUCAUCAAUUCCCACUCCUGCAUGGAUCCUGUCUCACCCUGUCCUCUUCAGGAGCAGUGCUGUCUGGUGAUGUGUUUGUAAGAUGUGACCCCUAACCUAUGCACAUUGGGUGUUUUUGAGAUGUGCUGUGUUCUGUAAGACUUUCUGCCAGAUUUAUAAACCCCACUUCAUGUAAACAUUCCUUCAAAACAGUGGGUUAACUGUAAUAUAUGUUGCAAUGUUAAAAAUGUGUAAGGAGUGUAAAUCUAGAUUGAACAGUUUAAUUAUUUUAAAUAAUUACACAAACUGCACUCAAAAACUGGCUUUUCACACUGCUCUUGACCCUGGGUUAUCACCAUUCUAAACUUUGACCCCAGAUAAAGGUAUGUUUUACACUAAUUUAAAAGCGGGGUUAGCACCGGAUUGCGUUUGCAAACUUGAGCAAUGUGAAACAAUGCUGUAUUAG